GAUAAUAAGAACUAUUACCCCUCUCUAAGCUAUAGUAAAGAAGAAUUAGAACUAUAUAUACUAGUCUAUAGUACUAGCUUAGUAUUAUUAUAUAACUUAUUUAUUAAAGCUAAUACUAAAAUACCAGCUUUCGACUGGGAGCUGUAUAUCGGUGGCUAUUCGCCGGGCUCUUAUAGCAACAACAGAUCCCAAACUCAACGAGCGGAGGGCUUAUACCGAACCCAGCGGAGCCCGGCCAGUAAUAACUACACCCGUGAAGAGGAGGAACGUAAUAGACAACACAACAUAUAUCUACCAGGGCAUUGGGAAAUUACUACGGAGUAUACCUUGGGAUGA